CGCCAGACGACGUUACUCAAGACGCAAGUGGUAGACGGUACACGUAAACGGAACCAAAGCCGCAGUGAUAGAGUACUGGCUGUAACACACUCGGGCGUGUCGGUGUCUUCACCUAGAGCCCGAAGGUACGAAAUACCGAUACGGAGAUCAUCUUCACAGAACAAUACGUAGAAAGAAAGAGAGAGAGAGAAAGAGGUUGACCCCAAAGUUUAUUUGACAUAAGCACGUUUGUGACCUUUAGUUUUGUUAAAAGAUUAUGGUGUUUGUUGGGUUUGUGUUCAGGUGAAUUAUAAUGGGUAGUGAUUAGUGAUUAUUUCGCGUUCGACUUUUGGAAAUCGUAAUAUUUAAAUAAUGAAAAAGAAGGCUAUAGUAAUUUUGCUGUUUUCGGCUGCAGUAUUCGCUAUAACAACGGCGCAAUGUCCUUGGCAUCAAAAAGUACCAGAACUACUGUCGUCCUGUCUAUGUUCGUAUAAUUUAGGACACGAACUAUCAGUUCAAUGUGACAUAGUGGAUUUUCCGAUACUCUUAUCUGCUCUAAAUCGAUACGCCUCAUCAACCCCUCUGGAUUUACUUUAUAUCAAUAAUUCUACUAUCAAAGAAUUGAAUGACGAAAUUUUCGUCAAGCUCAAAGUACAAAGUAUGCAACUUUCCGGUUGUAGCAUCAAAAAAAUUAGCGACGAUGCUUUUGCGGGGUUAGAACAAAAUUUGAGAAACUUAAAUUUGCAAGAUAACGAAUUAACCGAAGUACCAGUGAAGAGUUUGAAGAAUUUAAAAAAUUUAUCUCUAUUGGAUCUUUCGCAUAAUAAGAUCAAUCGAGUUCCCUCCGGCGCGUUUGAAACAUUAACAAAAUUAGCAACUUUAAAAUUAUCAGAUAACAAUAUAACUAUGGAAAAGGGCGCUUUAAAAGGCUUGGAAAUUAGUUUGAAGAACUUGAAUUUAAAAGGAACUAAACAGAAAAAAGUACCUGAAGCUAUACAGGGAAUGAAAACUUUAGCGUUUUUGGAUUUAUCUCAAAAUAGCUUGAAGGAACUACCAGGACCUAACGGUGAUCAAGCUUUCGAAGGCUUAUCCUCUCUUACAGCCUUAAAUUUAGAAAGGAAUCUCAUUCAAACUUUACACGAAAACGCUUUCCACGGGAUAAGAAAAACAUUGAGCUCUUUGAGUCUUUUGAACAACUUACUACCUGAUUUUCCUACUGCUGCAUUAGGUGCUUUGAAAGAAUUACGUGUUUUGGAUAUAGGAUUCAAUUUAUUAACGGAACUACCCGAAAAUGCUUUUAGCGGAAAUCCUUCUGUAACGUUACUAGCUUUAGAUGGGAAUCCUUUAGCUACGGUACCUUUUGAAGCUUUAUCGCAUUUGAACAACACUUUGAGGGGAUUGAGUCUUGGAGGAAGGUUUAUGCAUUGUGAUUGCCGGUUAGCAUGGGUUAUCAAUUGGAUCCGUAAUGGUGAUCUUCAAGUAACAAGUAGAGAACGCAAUCCACAAUUUUGCGGUAGUCCACCGAGAUUUCGAGAUCGAACUUUCUACAACAUUCAACCGGAAGAACUCGGAUGUCCACUUAAAGAAAAAGCCACUACUACAACAACUAUCGCAACACCUACAACUGUUUAUAAGAAGAAAGAAGUCGUAGUGGAAAAACCUAAAGAACCAGUUGGAGUUGCUACGGUUGUCAGCGCCGAUUUAGAUGAUGUGAUUCAAGCUAAUCCAGAUGUUCUACCACCUGCAUCUUCAACAACUAGAGCUCCUUCAACUAAAACCACGACCAUCUUUAGUAGCACCUCUACGACAAGUAGGGUAACAAGUUCGUCUUCGACUACAGCAAGAAGUACGACACCGAAACAAUCGAUUCCUCAUUGGAAGAGCCCUCAGAAGACACCUACGGUAUUAGCGUAUCCUGCAAGAGGUAAAGAGGAUACAAAGGAAGUGAUUGUGAAAAACGCUUUUAGACAAGACAACUCUGUUAUAAUACAAUGGAGUUCUAAUACGGCCAACAUACUCGGUUUUAGGGUUGUAUAUAGGUUGUUUGGAGAUAAAAGUUUUAAACAAGGACCUCCUUUAGAAGCCAGCGAAAGGGAGUUCAAAAUCAAGAACGUUCCAUCACAGGAAUGCAUUAUAGUUUGCGUCGUGUCUCUGGAAGAAAUCAACGUCACUCCAGACACAGUUCCUUAUACGCAAUGUCGUGAAGUACGUACAGUAUCAUCGGCGUCUUCUAAUAUGGAUAAAAUCACCAUAGCAGCAAGUGCUGCUAUAUGCGGUACGAUAGUCGUGGCAGUUAUAGUUUUUAUAGCAGCUUCCAGAAGACGAUCGAGGAAAAUGCACGAAUUACACCAACAGAAACUGGGAAUGAAACACGGUAUACCCAUAGCUGGUUUACCUGUUAAUUGUUGCACCGGUAUGCCAGCUAGUCCCGGUGAACCGCUAUCUUCGUUGGCUACUUUGAAUGCUUUUAACGCCACAAAAGAAUGGGAUCAAAUAUCAGCUUACAGCACUCACAGUCAAAGACCGAGGAUGUAUACUUGCGAUGCUCCCCCUUCCUUGGACGAAAUGCGAUCCCAUUUCGGACCGAAACCUCAUAAAAGAUCGAACGCUGACGGACAAUCACAAAAUAGUUUUUCCAAUCAUUCCGGAAGAUAUCUAACGGCGAAUGCAUUCCCUAACAAUCUGUUAGCAUCGAGACAAGAUUUACGCCAAUCCCGGCAAUCGUUAGCGAUGCAAUCGGACAGGAUGUCGUCUUCUCGAGUACCUCAUCCGGCUCAUUCCGUAGUAUCCUCCAGCAGACGAUCGAGACCGAGGUCAAGGUCGCGCGAUCACCAGAGACCGAGCAGUCGAUAUAGUAACGCCGGUUCGACGCAUACCCUCAACAAUUAUUGUGAUAAUUCGGAUAAUUGGACCGAUCACGAUAUGGACAUAUAUAUGGCUAGGAAUCCAACGACUAGGAACGGAUUGGUGCCUCUGUGAGACUGACAUGGAACGUUAAAAUUUUCAAUAAAUGUAGGAGAAAGUUGUACAAAAAAAAUUCGUUCUAGAAUGGUUUAGAACGUUUUAAAAUGUAUCCUGUAUAACAACUGUAGUUAAUUACGAAAUUUUUUCAAUGUUUCGUAAUAUUUUUCAUUUAGGAAGUGAGGUUAUGGAUUGAACAACGUUUGGGAAUAUUCUAAAAGACUCAAAUUAUCAUUAGAGGUAUGUUACACCUUCGGUAAAGAAUUAAUUGCGUCCAAACAGUUUUGAGAAUGUUUUGUAUUUUCCUAUCUGUUAAGUAAAAUAAAUUCCUAAAUCUAUC